AUGAGCUUUAAGGGGAAAAUUUUGAAGACGAGCCUAUUCGUAAUGAUAGUAGCCGUUUUGCCGGGAUUACCGCCAUACCCGACGUUUCCCUUCAAAUCGUUUAGUGUCACCCCAUCUCGUCCCCUGGAAGGAGUCCUGGCACCGAAUAAACUUCUAAACAACGCAGAACACUAUCUGAAAGAUCAACUCCUUUCCCCGGAAACCAUUCUGGUACGGGGUAACACGACAUACGCUUCGGUGUACGGUGGAAAGAUACUGGAAAUAUCGAACAACGAUCAGAUUCGAGUGGUCACCAAAUUCGGAAAGAAAUGCCAGGGCACCUACGAUGAGCGAGAAUGCGGCCGUCCCCUCGGGAUGGCAUUUGAUACACAAGGUAACAAUCUGAUUGUGAUUGAAGCAUAUUCAGGCAUCUGGCAAGUGCAAAUUAAAACUGGCGAGCGGAAGCAGUUGAUCUCGGUGGAUCGUGUAAUUGAGGGUGGUAAAGUGUCCCGAAAACCGAAGAUUCCUAAUGGUUUGGCAGUUGCAAAGAACGGCGAUAUUUACUGGUCGGAUACAUCGUCGGAUUUUAUUUUCGAGAACCUAAUGAUGGGAAUGCUAGUCAAUCCUUCCGGUAGGCUGAUACACUAUUCACGAUCAACUGGCAAAAAUAAAGUGUUAAUUGAUGAAGUCUACGGUGCGAACGGCAUUGCUCUGAAUCGUGAUGAGAGCUUUGUUUUAGUCGCAGAAACCGGUGGCCAACUUAUUCGACGAUAUUACUUGAAAGGUACGAAAGCGGGUACACAUGACAUCUUUGUGGACAGUCUGCCCGGAUCGUUAGACAACUUACUGGCUGAUGAGAAGGGUAUUUGGGCAGCAAUCGUCAUUGCAGCUGAUCGGGACCAUCCUUCACUGUUAGCAUUGCUAGCGCCUUUCCCGAAUUUGAGACAAUUCUUUGUCCGAAUGUUGUGCCUUCUAGAGUUUCCGUUUGAGUUUAUCUAUCAAAAAACAGGAAAUCACCUUGCUCUUCACGUUUCACACUACAUUGGGAACCUGGCCAGUAUAAAAGCUUUGUUCCCUAAACGAGGAACCGUCCUGCGAUUGGAUUGGGAGGGAAAUAUUAUUGCAGCCUUACACAGCGACGAUGGUGUUACGAAUUUAAUAUCACAUGCCGUGCUAAGCGGAAAAUACCUGCUACUCGGUUCCCCCGUUUAUCCAUGGAUAGCAAAGGUACAACUUGAUGAGGAAAUCCUAAGGACUGUUGGACUCUCGGCAGAACAAAAGGACAAACCGGUCCAGCAAAAGGUGGUAGUGGAAAAGAAACAGGAUUCUAGAGUCAAACAAGAGUUGUAG